CAACCUGUGCCCUUGUCCCAUAAAACAAUUAUGGAUGAUUUCACUGACUGAUUUAGUUAAAUUUUGAUGGCCAUCAUAUUUAGACAUUGAGAGCUUUACAGCGUUGUCUCAGUCAGCCUGCGGAGAGGAGGCUCGUUCUAUUGGAGACUCUACAAGAGGCCUGUGAAGUCUACAGGGAAAUGGUGCAGAAGUCUACAGUGGUGGGCCUCACUUUGCUGCUGCUGGCUGCAGUCGGCACGUUUUUGGCCAUUUUCUUUUCGGUGCAGGGCAAGAAGGCUUCCCCUGAACCUGAACCUGAAAAUGGUUACUUCAAGGCGGCGGUGGCAGCAGAUGCUGGGACGUGCUCAGAGAUCGGCAGGGAUAUCCUGAAGAGAGGCGGUUCCGCUGUAGAUUCUGCCAUCGCUGCUCUGCUGUGCGUGGGAUUGAUGAAUGCCCACAGCGCGGGCAUCGGAGGAGGGCUCUUCUUCACUAUUUAUGAUGCCAAAACAGGAAAAGUGGAAACCAUCAAUGCGCGUGAGACGGCACCCGCAAACGCAACCAGAGACAUGUUUGGAAAUAGUACAGACCUUUCCCAGAAAGGUGGUUUGUCCAUCGCUGUUCCCGGAGAGAUUAGGGGGUAUGAAAUGGCCCAUAAACGGCACGGCAAGCUUCCUUGGAAAGAGCUGUUUCUACCAAGCGUACAACUGGCCAGAAACGGCUUUCCUGUUGGCAGGGCAUUGGCAAGUGCCAUUAACUCAAACAGAAACAUCAUUAUGGGUGAUAAGAUGUUAUGUUCUGUGUUCUGCGAUUCCAACGGCAACAUCCUACAGGAAAACGACACUAUUAUCUUCUCAAAACUUGCUGACACUUAUGAGUUCAUUGCAGAGAAUGGCCCAAGUGAUUUCUACACCGGACAGCUUGCUGAGAGCCUUGUGAGGGAUAUCCAAGCUGCAGAUGGGAUUAUAACUCUGGAGGACUUGAGAGAUUACAAGCCCUUGCUGGAUGAAUACCCCCUCUCUGCCACUAUGGGUGAAUACACAAUGGUGACACCAAACGCGCCUGCCAGUGGCCCAGUCCUCACAAUGAUACUCAACAUCCUGAGCGGUUACAACUUCAGUUCAGACAGUGUCUCCUCUACUGAAAAUAAAACCCUCACUUAUCAUCGCAUAGUAGAGGCGUUCCGGUUUGCGUAUGCCAAGAGGAGCUUCUUGGGGGAUCCAGAAUUUCUCAACAUCUCCAGUUUCAUCCAGAACAUUACCUCAAAGGACUACGCUGACAUGAUACUCCAGAAGAUCACAGAUAAUACGACUCAGCAAGAGAGUUACUAUGAACCCGAGUUCUACCUUCCCGACGAUCACGGCACAUCACAUGUAUCUGUGGUGGCAGAAGACGGCAGCGCGGUCGCCGCCACCAGCACCAUCAACACAUAUUUUGGCUCCAAGUUAAUGUCAAAUUCGACUGGAAUUUUACUUAACAACGAGAUGGAUGACUUCAGUUCUCCAUUGAUCACCAAUAACUUUGGAGUUCCUCCUUCUCCCAACAACUUCAUUGUUCCAAAUAAAAGGCCCAUGUCUUCUAUGUGUCCCACCAUCCUACUAGACAAAAACAAAAAAGUUAAAAUGGUGGUCGGAGCCUCUGGUGGAACAAAGAUCACCACAGCAGCGGCUGAGGUAAUCUUGAAAGCACUGUUCUUUGAUUAUGACCUGAAGAAAGCGAUAGUAGACCCGAGAAUUCACAAUCAGCUCAGUCCAAACACUACACAAGUAGAGCCUGACUUCGACAAGGCCAUUUUGGAAGGUCUUGCUGCGAAGAACCACGUAAUAGAGGUGUUGAAGUCCAUGGGCGCAGUGGUUCAAGCUGUGGUGCGGUACAGUGCUGGCCUCAGCGCUGAGUCAGACCCCCGUAAGGGAGGAUAUGCAGCUGGGUACUAACAUUCGACUCAGCGAUCCACGUCUCCGGUCCAGCUGGAGGCAAUGGAGAUGCUACUCCGAGAACCCCAAGGACACUUUCCCCUCAUGCUGCUCUGAAACAACCAAGUGCCUUCUCCGAGAUACAGGCGAAUCAGCUCUGAACAAUCAAAAGCUCUUCAGUGAAUGAGGAAUAAAACACAUUCAAAUACACUUAUCUUUAUUCAACUGUUUCUUACGAUAACUUCCGUUCAUCGAAAUCUCUACACAUCUUGUUACUGAAGGUAUUUAUUUCCGCUAAUAAACACGCUGUGAUGGCUGUUA